GUGGUUAAAGCUGUUUCGGGUGCCGUUCCUGUUCUACUUGAUGGAGGAGUCCGACGGGGAACCGAUGUGUUCAAGGCCUUGGCUCUUGGUGCUAAAGCUGUAAUGAUUGGGCGACCUGUGGUCUAUGGCCUGGCAGCAAAAGGGGAAUAUGGAGCAAGAAGGGUCAUUGAAAUGCUUCAGAACGAGUUGGAGCUGACCAUGGCCUUGGCAGGCUGCCCCAGCAUUAAGGAUAUUACCAGGAGUCAUGUCUGCACCAAGCAAGACAUGCUGAGAUCCCUCAUGUGAAUGAUAAUACGAUAUCCCCUGCAAUUAAAAAACAUGCUAUUUUGUUUGAAAUAAGGAGAACAAAAGUUGUCUAUUGGAUGAUCCAUGGAGAACAUCAAACUAACUGAAUACAGGCAGUGAUGCCUAGACAAUAUAAAUUAUGUAUUACUCAAGUGUGGAUCGAUGGACAUGAUGAUUCCAUUAUCCUCAUUCCUAAA